AUGAAGCAUAUUAGCCAACUGGAAAAAUUUGAAUAUCUGCCCGUAGAUCCAAAUGAGCUGAAGAAAGCUCUCUUGUAUACCGUUUUUACCGAGGCAUCUACGAAGUUGCGCAUCUACCAACGCAGCAAAAUGAUAAAUGCAACUCGAUUCGUACCCGCAUCUACUAGCAGCGCAAUUAAGGGCCACCAGAGCUCACGUCGCAGCUCUACGAAAAUACCAAACCAAAUGGCGGAUGAUGCCGAAGAUGUGGUCAAUGAAAAAAUCCUAAAUGAAAUAAGAUUGGAUCAGGAGUUGACUUUGUUGCGUAGAAUUUAUGCUGAAGCACUCUCCGCACUUGACUCCUCCGACAAUGAUAGUGUUGCUACAGAAUGGAAUGAAGAACCACGCAAACCGUACGCCCAGCUGUUUGCUGCUAUUGAAGCACAGCGGGCAGACAAGAAUGAAGUAGAACAAGCGCUAAUCACACUCCGUACCAACCAAACAACACUCAAAAAGCUAAAAUCACAGCUUGCUGAAGAACGUCAAGCAGCCGAAGUUAAAAUGGCCGAACAGAAUGAAUCUAUUGCUACUCUACGUCAUAAUCUACGUAAUGUGCGUCUACUUAACGAACUUGAGCUACGUCUGGUGCAGCGCUGGGAGGAGAAUCGCUACACACAGGCGAGUAUAGUGGGGGCGAAUGAGGAACGUACAUUGCAGCAACAAAUCGAUGAGCUACGCCAACGUAUGGCUGGGGAAGAGCUCAUCAUUGCCGAAGUGGAUAAAUUCAGAGUGAAACAAUUUGCUGAGUUGAAUGCCAGCAUCGCAGCUUGGCAAAAAAAAUACGCACGUGUGAUGGAGAUUAAAUGUGCUGAGACACAGGCAAAAGAGCGGCAAAUGCAGCGGUUGCAAAAAUCGCUGGAACGCCAUCGGGAAACUUAUGCAGAGCGACAGCAAUUCGUGCGCGAUUACUUGGUUGAAAAGGAUGUGGAGCGGCAGCUGUACGAGCAGCAAAUUUAUCGUGUGGAAUGUGCGGUGCGAAUACAGGCGUGGUGGCGUGGCCUAAUGGUGCGUCGCGGACUGGGUCCUUUUAAGAAAAAAGUGAAGAAGGGCAAGAAGGGAAAGGGCAAGCCCAAGUAA